AUGCGGACCAUAGCCAAGAACAAGGUGAAACUAAACAAUCACAAUGGAGUGCUCACACCGGUUAUAAAGAGUCGAUUGGAGAAAGUUAGAAAAGAAUCUAAGAAUUGGAAGCCUAUUUGGACAGGGGACAACGGAUAUGAAAAGUUUGAGGUGCAUGGACACUCAACUAAUCAUGUGGUGGACUUAGGAAAAAGACUAUGCACUUGCCAAUUUUGGAUGCUUACAGGUAUUCCUUGUGUGCAUGCAUGUGCUGCACUGUCUCGGGUUAACAAGCCACCAGAAGACUUUUGUCACCGCUUGCUAACAAUGGAGUCAUACAGGGAAAUAUAUAAUUAUCAUAUUAAUCCAAUUCCUGGACAACCAUUAUGGGAGCAUGCAGAAGAAUGUAACAGGCCACAUGCACCAAAAAUAAAGAGAAAACCUGGAAAACUACAGAUGAAAAGACGGAUGGAUGCUGAUGAGAAGGGUGGUGGAGGAUCUAAAAAAUCUAAAGCUGAUCCCAAGCCUCAGAAUAACAACGGAGAUAAUGUUCAUCUAAAGAGGCAGUUGGGCCCCUUUACUUGCAGUUUCUGUGGUGAUAAAGGACAUACAAAGAGAGGUUGUAAGAAGAAGAGAGCUUGUGAUCAACCACCUGAGAACUGGCCGGCAGCCACAACCGCACCAUUCCGGCACCCCGGAUCUUCUGCUCCUGCUUUGCGUUCUCGUCCGAUGGCCACUGCACAGUGA